CGGUUUGAUGACGCAUUUCUGUACUGACGGUUGAAGGCCAAGGCGCGAUAGGUUAUUUACGUAUGUGUUUUGCCUUCAAACGCUGUAGCAUAACGCUGCGAAAUGAGCAAGAAAGGAAAUGUAUCUUGGGUGAAACCAACAGAACCUUCUUUUCUGCGUAAAUUCAAGAAUGAUGUUGGCUAUAAAGAAGGACCAACAAUCGAUACAAAGAAAGUGGUGAUGCCCCCGUGUGAUGACGACAGCGGGGACGGGGACAGCGACCGCGAGGACGAAAUGCCACAAGUCGUGGUUCUGAAGGACGGCCACCUGACUGCGGAGGAGGUCAAAAAUAUGAAAGCCAAGAUCAAGGCCCCCAAAGAUGCCCCAGAAGACAAGCCAUCUGAAGAUGGUAAGAUCCUGUUCAGGAAGCCGGUAAAACGCACCUCAGAGAAGUUCCAGGGCAUCACUGCCAGCUCCAGCAAGAAGAAGAAGAGCGACGAUGUCAAGAAGGAGGAUGAUGUACGGAAGAAGGUGAAAAACAGCAGCCUCCUGUCUUUUGGCGGGGAUGAGGAAGAGGACGAUUAGCCUCAGCACAGAUGGGUGAUCUAAGCCUAUUUAGACAGAAGAACCUUGGUCAGGUUUGACCCCAACAUCUUCAUCUUCAUCGAUUUAUCUUGUCACCUUUUGGUCACAUUUUGUAAGAUGGCUCCAUGGCUGGUAUGAUAGCAUGUUGAACAUCUAUGAAGUCUGACCCGUUUUAGAAGGAAGCACUAGCUCAGUUCUGCUAGCUGCUAUAUUUAGGAAGUGUGUACGGUGCUGAAAGUGGCAUCAUACCCAGAAAUUUGAGCUUGCCAGCCACUUUUACCCUUUGUUUGUGGAUGUCGUCUAAGAAUGGGGUCCGGAGAUCAAACCAACAUCCCUCCUCCAAAUCAGGUUAAAUUAAGCAGCCAUGGUUGAGGUUCUCCCCUUAGUAUGUAAAUGAGGUGUCAUAGAGGUUAAUCAAUAAAUGCAACGGUGGGAGGGAGCACCCACUUUUUUCCAUGUUGGUUUUCGUUCUUCUCCAUUAUUCCAAAGUUUUAUACUAAAAAGUACCAUCAUUCUAAAAUGAGAGCAAAGGUUUCUCCUUGAAUCAAGUUUAUCCCAUUAAGGCUUCCUGUAUCAUAUUUUACAUCAUGGAAAUGUUUGUUUCACUGCACAGAGAAAGUUCUAUUUUCUGUUCCAUGACAGAACAAAGUGCAGUCAGUUUGAUACAGAAAUCUCACAUUGCACGUCUUGAUAACCAUUCAUAUCGGCUUUUAUUUGUGACUGGGUUAGAUAUAUGAGCUUUAUUUUUUUUAAAUCUCCCUUUUCCACCAUUUAUAGAGGGUCCCUCCCAUUGCAUUUUACCCUUUCAUCUCAUUUGGUGUGUAUAUACAUGUCAAAGCUUUUACAAAGGAGCUGACCAUUUACAGUUUGGCUUGCUGUUGAUACAAUGUGAAUUCUUACUGUUUGUUACUAUUUUAAGGAAUUUAAUAGGGAACUUGGUGCGAUUACUGUAGCAUGUGGAUAUGAGCUGUUGCAUCUUAAUAAACCUUUUAAUUGAAGGAAAAAAA